AAGAUCCUCCCGCUGGAAGCUUAAAGCCGUCGAGCGUUUUCGUUCGUUCAGCUGAAAAACCAGAGAGAACAGAGAGAGAAGAGUUUUACAGGGAAAAGAAAAUAAUUUUGAGGAAAGAAACGCAGAAACCAAAGCAAAGCAAUUAGUGAGCUCAGCUAAACGAGAGCUUGCUGUCUUUGGUCUAUAAGGGGAAGUUGGAGCUCUUCUUCCUCUUUAUUUUUUUCUGAGAGAAUCAAAAUACAUGGGCUCUCUAUGUGAUUUGCCAGCUGAGCCAAGUUAUAGCAAGCCUCGUGGAAUUCGAUUCUUAGAAUACACUAAGAAAGCGAAGCUUUCCUAUAAAACUCAUCAAGCUAUUGUCUUGAUUGUAACAUUUUUGGCUUACACUAGCUACCAUGCGACAAGGAAAACCACCAGCAUUGUCAAGAGUGCCCUUGAUCCCCAAUCUUCUGAUGUAGGCUUGAAGUUUCCGUGGAGGAUAACAUACCUUAGCGCACCUGCUGAAAGCAAUAGGCUUUCGUGGGUUAUAGGAGAUGGUUGGGCCCCAUUUAAUGGAUCUGAUGGGACGGCCUUGCUUGGUGAACUCGAUGUGGCCUUUCUCGCAGUAUAUGCUUUUGGAAUGUACUUCUCUGGGCACUUGGGUGAUAGAAUGAAUUUAAGGAUCUUUCUGAUGGUCGGAAUGGUUGGGACUGGCUUGUUUACUUCACUAUUCGGUGCUGGGUACUGGGCUAAAAUGCAUAGUUUUUACUACUUCCUGAUAGUACAAAUGAUUGCUGGUUUAUUUCAAUCAACAGGAUGGCCUUCGGUUGUUGCAGUAGUUGGUAACUGGUUUGGGAAGAAAAAGAGAGGGCUUAUUAUGGGUAUCUGGAAUGCUCACACAUCCGUUGGGAACAUUACUGGUUCUUUGAUUGCUUCAGCACUGUUGAGCUAUGGAUGGGGUUGGUCCUUUGUUGUACCAGGUCUGCUUAUUGCUUUCAUUGGCAUAGUGGUUUUCCUUUUUCUGCCUGUUAGUCCUGAAUCAGUUGGAGCUGAUAGAGAAGAAGACGAAGUGGAUUUUCCUGGGAAGAUCGGAAAGGGAAUAACAGAGCCUUUAUUGGCCUCAGAUACUGAGCUUAAGGAAAAAGCUGUGGGGUUCAUAGAAGCAUGGAAAAUCCCUGGGGUUGCUCCUUUUGCUUUUUGCCUCUUCUUUGCCAAAUUGGUCGCUUACACAUUUCUCUAUUGGCUUCCCUACUACAUUAGCCGUACAGCCAUUGAGGGAAAAUAUUUAUCCAAUGAGACAGCCGGAAAACUUUCAACAAUUUUUGAUGUUGGAGGGGUGCUCGGAGGAAUCUUAGCUGGAUACAUUUCUGAUCGCUUAGAUGCCAGAGCCAUAACAGCAGCAACUUUUAUGUAUUGCACUAUUCCUGCUCUCUAUUUCUAUCGUAGUUACGGGCAUAUUUCCUUGGCAAUGAACAUAGUUCUUAUGCUCAUCUGUGGCAUGUUUGUAAAUGGCCCCUAUGCUCUUAUAACAACUGCUGUCUCGGCCGACCUAGGAACACACAGUUCAUUAAAGGGAAACUCAAAGGCAUUGGCAACUGUGACAGCAAUCAUAGAUGGAACAGGUUCUGUUGGUGCUGCAAUUGGACCAUUAUUAACUGGUUACAUUUCUGCCAAGAGCUGGAGCGCGGUUUUUACCUUGCUCAUGGCAGCAGCUCUCGUUGCAGGGCUGCUGUUGACAAGGCUUGUAGUGGCCGAGGUGGCUGCAAGGAUUUCUAAAUCAAGGUCACAAGAAGGAUGCCAACCAAGAUCUCAAGCUGCGGAACUGGAUGUAUGAUUUGUUUAUAGGGGCAACAAAAGCUCCAUUUUUAUAGCGUGUGCGAUUUUCCAUUUUUCUUAGUUCUAAUUAUAAAAUGAAGAGGGAAAGUCCUUCUAUUAUGACUUGGGCAAGGAGAAGAUUUUUGUAACCGUCUCUAUGAUGUUAGUUUGAUUAUCAUGGAGUUUUUAUUAACUGUUUUUCCUUUAAGUUGGAGAAGCAGAAAUGAGGAGAAAGGGCAGGGUGAGAGGAUUUCCCAGGUCUAUCUGUAUGUAAAUUUUGUAUGCUAUAUUAUUUUCAGCGGGCAUCAUUCAGUAAUAUUGCUUAUUCAGAAUUUCACAGCUUUAUUUUUUAUUCGGAAGAGAAAAGUCCAGACAAAUAAGAAUACGAUUACUUAUAGGCAGAAUCUGCUCUAAAAUGAAACAUAAAAGCUAAAUGGUGUUGCGCUUACUGUUAAAACAAAAGGGUUGUCUAUGUUUCUCUGUAACAGGAUUCCGGGAAAGGAAAUCUGAAAUAUCCAUGAAAACAAGUUUGGAAGUGGAGUCUCGUUUAGGAUUGUUCAGGUUGCAGGUAUUCAGCGUAAGACAACUUUCGGCUGAAAAAAGGUGAUGUCCAGAUUCGAAAACUGGUCCAGAGCGGUGCCCAUAUAGAUGUCUGAAAGCUGAAAAGGUACAAAAUGUGCAUAUGUACGGAGAUGGAGUCGGAGAAAAUUGGUCCACACGAAGGAAAUAGCUCCACUGUCCAUGCAUUUCUCGACCAAACGCUGGACCACCCCUCUUGAAUUUGACAAAUCUAAGCAUCUAAAAUGGUUGCUAUCAGAUUUGCAAAAAAAAA